CUAAUGUAUAGAAAUCAGUGACCUAUAAAACUUUGUUGGAUAAUCAUGGCUACCCCAUCAUAUGCUGGGUUUACCCAACCAGAAGAAGAAAUAUUCUAUUCCACGUAUGAGCCGACAAAGGAAGAAAUUAUCGAAUACGCAGUGAAAAUCGGCAUUGAUCCAGAAAAGGAGGCGCACAUAAUUUAUCUAGCACGACAAGGAUUACUACACCCCUUGCCAGAAAACUGGAAACCAUGCUACAGCAAGCAAGUCAAAGCAUACUACUACUAUGAUCGGAUUACAAAAAAAUCACAAUGGGAACAUCCAAUCGAUGUGUUGUAUCGUGCAAAAGUGAUUGAUGCUAGAAAAGCUCUAGCUGUAGACCGAUCCGAUUCCACAUCGUUUGGUGAUUCUGGAUUUCGAAGUUUAAAGUCGAGUUACAAUAAAUCUGUUACCGCUUUCUCCACCAAUGAUCAAACUCAAGCGAAGGAUCCAGAUUGUGGUGGCGGCAGCCUUACAUUAGCAAACCAACAACAAAAGGGCAACAAAACGAACCAGGACGCAAAGAAGUCGGAACAAUUGGCUGGUGGGGUCACAAAUUUGGCCGCGUCGAGUGCAAAUGACGAAAGUGAUUCGAACAAAGAGAACAACAGUCAAGAUGCCGCUGUCGGUGUAGUUAAACACAAAAGUAACGUUGAUUCAGCGAUCGCUUUUACUAAAAAGCUUUCUUUUAACAUGGAUACCGGUGGUCAUGAGGUGAAUAACGACGUUAAAGAACCCAUUAAAAUGACAAACGAUGGUAAAAUGAGCUCAUCUUUGUAUGGGGGGUUUACCAUUACCGGAACGGGAUCGCAAUUUUUGAAGUCGAACAAAAAACUCGAGUUUGGAAGUUUAGAUUUGGGGCGCAAGCCUGAAUCAGAGAUGAAGGGCAUUCUGCGAGACACAAGCUUGAGCUAUGUGCGGUCUAAAAGCACUCCCAAUGAUGAUUCUGGAAAUGAUGAGCGGAAAAGUGUGCGCUUUGAUAUUGAUAUUGACACUGUCAGGUCAACAAAUGAAAUGAAAGCAGGAACAGAUACUGAUGCGACACUUGGUCAGAAAGGUGAUGAUGGUGUUGAGGAGGAUGAUGAUGACGAUGAUGAUGAUGAUGAUGGUGAUGAUGAUGAUGAAGAAGCAGACGCCAACGUUGAUUAUAAAGUUGGUGUGGACGAACGGUUAGCAGACCAUAAAAAAGAGGAAGACGUUUGUGAAGAAGGUCUAAAACAAACUUCUUCGGAAUCCUCGGAACCAGGAUCGGAGGUAUUAACAGGAGUUGGCGUUACGAUCGCUAAAGAAGGCAAACCCAUCUCAGCUGCAGCAUCAACUCCAAGAGCAAUAAGCAAUGAUUUAUCGGACGAUCCGGAUUUGGAUUCUUUACGAUUUCUUAGACAUUCUAUCGACCAGGAGCGGGAACGCUACAAAGCAAAAUUGGAAGAGGAGUUGCGAUCUCUCGCCCAACAGGAAGAAAGCAAAAUUCGAAUCGAACUAACAAAGGAGCGCAGUCGCUACGAAGAGCUGCUCACGAAAGAAAGGCAGCGUCUGAAGGAACAACAUCAGCAAAAUAUUGAUGAAAUUAAAGAGUUUUACCAAGCAAAGCUAAAUGAACUAAAAACGGAUUACGAAGAAGAAAAUAACAAAGAAUAUACCGUGUACCAGGAGACUUUGCAGGAAGAGUUCGAUCGGCGCGUGAAGGAAGUGACAAACACCCACAAGGUUACAAUGGCAAAUUUACAAAAAAACCAUGACGAAAUCGUCGAAGAGCUGGAACGCGACCUGAAGAUGGAAGAGGAGCUGCUUAAAAAAGAGCACAGUACCAAUCUAUCGGAGAUCAAAAUCAAAUUAACUCACGAACUAGAGAUGGAACGACAGCGUAUGCGGGAGACGGGCGAGGACCGGCUGUACGAGAAGGUGCGCUGUGAAAAACGUUUGCUGGAAGACAAGUACAAAUGUUUGAAGGAGAAGUAUACUCGCUUAAAGACGGAUGUUCGCAUUUCCCUAGAACGCCGUAAGAAAAGGCGUGAACAACAGCAACAACAGCAGCAACACAGUUUGCGCAGCAACAGUUACGAAACGGACGAUCGCACCAAUUCCAAACCAUUGCCAUCGUACUCCUAUGAGAUUGGGAAAGGCACGUCUGUUUCAUCAACAACAGCCAAACCUAUGAUGAUGUCAGAGAAAACUCUUCUUAGUCACCCAUCCGGGGCAGGAGCUUCUAAACGGAUGCUCACCACGGGCGACGGGUAUGAAGUGGAAUCAAAGCACAAUGUGCUACAUUCAAACGGUCCGGCUGGUUCUGUCGAGUCUCGUAAAUCGGCAUUUUUGCUGAACCAUACCAACAAUAAUCAUAAUAAUAAUACUACUUUAAAACAUCAGGUGGACGAUUCGAGUCAAAGUGAGGCCAGAUACCCAAAACACUACUUCCAGGUGAAGAACAUAUUUGGCAACAUUCAGCACGAGGACAACUUUAGCUCCGACUCUGAGUUCCAGAAAAUCAGUUGCGACAAUGGACAAGGGGUAGAGAAUUCCUGCAGUAGUUCCUUUACUGGAGCUGCAACAGCGGCCGCACGUCCCAAGCGAAAAAUUUUCACCAAAACCAAAUCAUCUUCCACCUCAAAAUUAAACUCGACCGCUAAGCACGAGCGGGAAGUAGGCACGAAAGCUAACACACCGGUGGAAAAUCUUCGCAUACAGCUUAAGAAGCUAGAAGAGUUGGAGGACCAGAUACCGGAUUGCAAUCUCGACGCACCGUACCAUCUGCGAUAUCCGUUUGUUAAUAAUAUAACUAACGUCGAUAAUACCAGUAAGCCAACAUCAGCCAACGCUUGUAUGCAUGGUGAAACAGGUGACGUUGUGAGCACUACUACCGAUCGAAGUGAGCUGGAGUUCUUCAAGCACCGUAUCUUGCUCGAGCGCGAUUCUGUCAUGAGAGCAAAGGAAUCAUUGCGUGCACAGAAAAAUGUAUUCAAAUCGAAACAACGUGAUAUUGCGGUCAAGCAUGCGAUCAAGAACAAGCAAACGGUGGAUCAAAUAUUUCAUGAAGAAAAAGAGUUAACCGAAAUGGAAGUAUCGCUGCAUCGGACACGAGCAUUACUUGGAGAGAAAGUAAUACGGCUGCGGCAUCUGGAAAAUUCGCUGCAAACACUUUCCGAAAAAGAGCAUCCCAUCCGAUCAGGUCCCAGAGAUAUGCCGCUUCAGAAGCAGAAAGAGACUCUGAGCGAUUUGUCAUCAUAUUCGAGUUCGGGUUUCAGUAGCACCGAUGUACCUACUACCGAACAUUAUGGUCGCUUGCAGACAAGAGGACCCGCAAGAAAUGCAGAGUGCACCGAUACAAUAAUGUGCUUAAAACAUUUGCAUGGCGAGAUACAGGAAAUUUGGAGUUUGCUCAAUCCAACCAGCGGCGGUCUACCUGUGAUGCGUUUUGCAGAGAUGGACUUUCUCAACAACACCGCCACAGUGCAGUACAAUCCAGUGUCUGGUAAACAGUGUUGCGACGUAGUACUUCCGCAAACUACAACAACAUCAACCUUUAACCAGACCCCAGUGGCCAUCUAUGCAGCGGGACCGCAACCAUCUUCUAAUUAUAGCCAAAACCAACAUCAUUACACGAUUUCUUUGCUCGAGAAGACACGAGAUCUUAAAAAUUGGCUUCGUCAAGCUAAAAAUGAGCACGAAGUGUUGAAAAAACAAACACAUGGCAACUCGGAAACGGGCGUUUCAAAUAUCCACAUUUAA